AUGGCCGCAGGAGAUGGCGUCACCUACGUGCCCUACACUUCGGUAGUGAAUCACCAAGUCCACGCAUCGCAGAGGAGCUUGCCAGGGUCAUACCACAGGACACUCGGGGCACACCCCGGCCUCGCCCCCGCUUUCGGUGCCAUCAAGACCGUGAAGUAUGUCGCCAUCGACUACGGAUACCAGCAUGCGUGCAGAAUGCUCGAGGCCAUGCACUGGCCGCUGGAGACCGUUGUGCUGCAUAACGCAGACUACGGUGGUGGUUGGCCGGACCGGGAUAAGCUCGAACGAAUGCAUCCUGCCUCGUUGCUGAAGAAUUCCCGUGCUACUCUCAAGACUCUCGAAUGCGAUUGCUGGCGGGAAUGCAGCGACGUACUGGAUACGUACCCCGUAUAUCCUCAGCUGGAGAGCCUUCAUGUUGAAGGCGUAUGGUGUCCUCGCAGUGCGCAAUGGGCCAUCUCUUACCCCAACCUCAAACGGCUGUCGGUACAUACUCUCGAGGGCCACUUUAUAGAAAGUGGGGAAGAAGAUAUUACAGAGCUAGCCGUUAAUCGGUCGCUCAAUGUGGAAGAAUGCUUGAAGCAGGUGCAGCGUUGGAACGAACUGGAGCAUUUCUCCGGAGGUGUGGCAGACCUCUACUUGCUUGGCUUGCCCUGUCGAAUUCGGAGCGCGCGCAUCGCCAUGUCUGCUCGAUCUUCGCAGUUCUUCCCCGCCGCCAUGAAAGCCGCGCGUCCUACACAGCUCACAUUGAUCAUUGACGACGAACUCUUCAGCCAACCAGUCCCGACAUACCUGCAAGACCCCAGUCUCGCGGAUCUCCAGAGCUUGGAGCUCGUGAUACGCAUGACCCCAGGGCGUUCGAGAGGGAUUGCCGGAACAACGGAGGCUGAUGUUGAGCGCUUCUUAGGACACGUUCUCGACGCACUACUGCGUAUCUCCGCUCGCGAACUCACACUGGACAUCAAUUGUGACACUAAUGUAAUUUACCCCAUCUGGCCUUCAUCCUCCGAUGGGUCGGACGGGGAAAUUGCCUGGAUUAUCAGUCGCCGCCCCUCUACCCCCAUUCCCCCUACCGCUAUCGAAACCUGGUGCAAUGACGUGGACGUUCAUGCUCUGACGCGUCGAUGCCUCGAAGAGGCGCCGUCUUUAGAAAGAGCUAAGGUCACGGUGGAUAGAAACAUGGAGCGUGACCAGAACAUCCCCGACAUCUUCUUCCCCGAACAUCUCCGGCUCAGCGCGGCAGCAGGCAACUGGGCCGAGUACAAGCACGCGGUCGAGACUGACGAGCGGGACGACUGGCGGUGGCGCGAGGAGGUGUGCAAGGCGAUCGUCACGCUCAACAUCAAGGACUUUUCGCGGUACGGCGUGAGCGCCGGAAAGGACGUGCAUGCGCGCACGGUGUGGACGCGGCUCGUGGAGAUCCACAAGCCGAGGAGGAGGUGCACGGGGUUGCUGGAGCUCUUCAAGCCGAGGCCGUUCACCAAACUCGAGCUUGUACUGCUCGCAGCGUUGGUCUUGCUCAGGCUGUUGCUUAGGCAGAUGGAGAAAGCGGUGGUUGAGUGUCAGGCCGGUGCCGAUCCGACUAUUCGCAUUGCUGGUGCUGAGGCAGGGUACUACGAUGACCUGCUCCUUAGCUCCUAUAUUCGAGGCUAUUAG